AUGCACUCCCAGGAAAGCGGCCUUCCGCUUGCUCGCUCCGGCGCUGCACCCGCCGGCCAUUCGCAGCUGACACUGAACAACACAAUCCCUUCCGACUGGUCGUUUGAGGACGACAUCCCCGGGCAGCAUCCUGCGCCACCGCCCGGGAAACCACCAGCAGGCGUGAAUGCAAAGCACCAUCAGAAGCGACCGUCCAAGUCGUUCAAGCAACGGUGGAGGUGGCCGUGGAGCAAGAAAGAAGAGGUCUUACAAGGGAACCGGGUAGUCGUCCUCAACCAUCCCGUCGCAAACGCCGAAUUUUGCUCGAACUACGUGUCAACGAGCAAAUACAACGUUGUCUCGUUCGUACCCAAGUUUCUAUUUGAGCAAUUCUCGAAAUAUGCCAACUUGUUCUUCCUGUUUACGGCUCUCAUACAGCAGAUUCCAGGCGUGUCGCCUACAAACCGCUGGACUACCAUUGCACCUCUUGCCGUUGUGCUGCUCGCAUCGGCAUUUAAGGAGACUCAGGAAGAUAUUAAACGACAUCAAUCCGACUCGGAGCUCAAUGCAAGCAAGGCGAAAGUGCUCACGCCGGUGGGAACAUUCGCCGACAAGAAGUGGAAGGACAUCCAGGUCGGCGACGUGAUUCGGCUCGAAAGUGACGACUCGAUCCCCGCAGACGUGAUCCUGAUCAGUUCGAGCGAGCCGGAGGGAUUCUGUUAUAUCGAGACGUCAAACCUCGACGGUGAGACGAACCUCAAGAUCAAGCAGGCAUCGCCCCAGACGGCACACCUGACGUCCCCGCAGCUCGUUACGUCGCUGCAAGGCACGCUGCGCUCGGAACACCCGAAUAACUCGCUGUACACGUAUGAAGGCAUCAUCGAGCUGACGACGAAUGAAGGCCUGCCGCGGCAAGUGCCUCUAGGCCCCGAUCAAUUGUUGCUGCGGGGCGCGCAGAUCCGAAACACGCCGUGGGCGUACGGACUAGUUGUCUUCACUGGGCAUGAGACAAAGUUGAUGCAGAACGCGACCGCUGCGCCGAUCAAGCGGACGGCAGUGGAGCGACAGGUCAAUGUACACAUUGUGUUCUUGUUCAUGUUUUUGCUGGCGCUUUCAAUUGGUUCGACGAUCGGAAGCAGCAUCCGAACGUGGUUCUACUCGAGCUCAGAAUGGUAUCUGUAUUCGUCGUCGUCACUGGGAGGCCGAGCAAAACAGUUCAUCGAAGACAUCCUCACAUUCAUCAUCCUGUACAACAAUCUGAUUCCUAUUUCCCUCAUUGUCACGAUGGAGGUGGUGAAGUUCCAGCAGGCACAGCUCAUCAACUUUGACCUGGACAUGUACUAUGCAAAGACGGACACUCCCGCGCUAUGUCGCACAUCGUCGCUCGUCGAGGAGCUCGGGCAGAUCGAAUAUGUGUUCAGCGACAAAACGGGAACACUGACGUGCAACGAGAUGGAGUUCCGCUUUUGCAGCAUUGGCGGGGUCGCGUACGCGGAAGUGGUGGAGGAGAGCCGACGCGGAGAAGAGGAGGACGGUAAGGACGGCUGGAGGACGUUUGCGCAUAUGAAAGCCGUGCUCGAUGGAGGUGAAAACCCGUUUGUGGAUAUGACGCCAGAUGUGGGGGGCGACCGGGAGGUCAUUAACGAAUUCCUGACGCUACUUGCUGUGUGCCAUACGGUCAUCCCGGAGGUACGUGACGGCAAGAUGCACUACCAAGCAAGUAGCCCAGACGAGGCCGCACUAGUCGCAGGUGCGGAGCUACUAGGCUAUCAGUUUCACACACGGAAGCCCAAGUCCGUUUUCAUAAACGUUAUGGGACAGUCACAAGAGUUCCAGAUCCUCAAUGUGUGUGAAUUCAAUUCAACGCGGAAGCGCAUGUCUACGGUAGUGCGGUGUCCGGACGGCCGUAUCAAGUUGUUCUGUAAGGGCGCUGACACGGUUAUCCUCGAGCGUCUGAGCGAGAAGCAGCCCUUUACGGAUAAGACGCUUCUACAUUUGGAGGAUUAUGCGACUGACGGAUUGCGCACACUCUGCAUUGCGUCGCGUGACAUCCCUGAGGCUGAGUACCGGCAAUGGGUUGCAGUCUACGACCAAGCGGCGGCUACGAUCAACGGGCGAGGCGAUGCGCUGGACAGCGCGGCUGAGCUCAUCGAGAAAGACUUGAACCUACUCGGUGCCACCGCCAUCGAGGAUAAAUUACAGGAUGGCGUGCCCGACACGAUCCACACUUUGCAAAUGGCUGGCAUCAAGGUUUGGGUCUUGACAGGUGAUCGGCAGGAGACGGCGAUCAACAUUGGCAUGUCCUGCAGGCUUAUUUCCGAGUCCAUGAACUUGAUCAUUGUGAACGAAGAGACGAUGCUUGGGACGCAGGAAUUUAUAACUAAACGACUGUCAGCCAUCAAGAAUCAGCGUAGCACAGGCGAGCUCGGCGAACUGGAAGACCUCGCGCUCAUCAUUGACGGCAAAAGCCUUGGGUUUGCGCUGGAGAAGGAAAUUUCGGGCGCGUUCCUCGAGCUAGCUUUGAUGUGCAAGGCGGUCAUCUGCUGCCGUGUUUCUCCUCUCCAGAAGGCUUUGGUCGUGAAGCUUGUUAAAAAGAACCAGAAGUCCAUCCUUUUGGCAAUAGGCGACGGCGCGAACGACGUCAGUAUGAUCCAGGCCGCCCACGUCGGUGUUGGAAUUUCUGGUCUUGAGGGUCUACAAGCUGCGAGAUCGGCGGACGUCGCUAUUUCACAAUUCCGAUUCUUGAAGAAGCUACUUCUGGUCCACGGAGCCUGGAGCUAUCAAAGACUAUCUAAGCUUCUAUUGUAUUCAUUCUACAAAAACAUCGUGUUGUACAUGACGCAAUUUUGGUAUUCGUUCUUCAAUAGUUUCUCUGGAGAAAUCGUGUAUGAAUCGUGGACGCUGUCAAUGUACAACGUCAUCUUCACUGUUCUCCCGCCAUUCGUCAUCGGUGUUUUCGACCAAUUCGUCUCUGCUCGCAUUCUCGAUCGCUAUCCACAGUUGUACAUGCUUGGCCAAAGGAAUGCAUUUUUCACCAAAACAGCAUUCUGGCUCUGGGUCGCGAAUGCACUCUACCACAGUGUCAUCCUCUUCGGCUUCUCCGUUAUCCUUUUUUGGGGAGACUUGAAGCAAUCGUCUGGCUACGACUCCGGGCAUUGGUUCUGGGGCACAAUGCUCUACCUGGCGGUCUUGCUUACUGUCCUUGGCAAGGCCGCCCUUAUAUCAGACCUUUGGACGAAAUAUACAGUCGCGGCUAUUCCCGGCUCAUUUGUAUUCGCCAUGAUCUUCCUGCCAAUCUACGCCGUGGUCGCCCCUGCUAUCGGAUUCUCUCUCGAGUAUGAAGGCCUUGUUCCUCGUCUGUGGACAAACGCUGUCUUCUACUUCAUGCUCAUCCUUGUUCCGAUCUUCUGCCUCACAAGGGAUUUCGCGUGGAAAUACUACCGGAGAACGUAUCGACCGGAGAGCUACCAUAUCGCACAGGAGAUACAGAAAUACAAUAUCCCCGAUUACCGACCCCGACAGGAACAAUUUCAGAAGGCGAUUAAGAAGGUCCGCGCCGUACAACGUAUGCGACGGAAUCGAGGCUUUGCGUUCAGCCAAACAGAAAAUUCAUCACGACAAGAUCAAGCCCGUAUUAUCCGAGCAUACGACACAUCGCAAACAGGGGCACGACCUACAGGGUACUAGCGGCCAUAUCUUCGCGUGUUCUAACAAGGACAAUGUAGUUUACCAUAUCUCGUAUUCAAUCCUUAAUCUAUAUGGAUACCCGCAGGUCACGG